AGCAAUCUAGUCCACGAGGCAAGAUGUUGUAGCAGUUUGUUUGAUUUCACCUUUAAAUUAAAUGUAGCAAACGUGACAGAAUAAAGAUUGGUUGUUACCAUCUAUGUGGUAAAUGGUAAAGCCGUGAAAGUUGUUAAGAUUGUCUUAGUUUGAAUACACAGAGAUCAGUGCAUGUAAAGAUUGUUAAUUAAAGCAUCAGAAUGUCUUUUAUUGGUUCCACUAUUGGUCUAAUCAGACAUUAUCUGUGUAUUCAGAAGACAGUUUCAGCAAAGUCUUUACCAGUACAAUUCCGUGAACCAUACAUACUCACUGGUUACCGUUUACCUAAUAAAACCUGGUCAUAUUAUAUCAUCAGUUUAUUUCAAUGGCAUAAUGAAACCAUCAACGUGUGGACACAUCUUAUAGCAUGUAUCUUUGUCUUAGCAGAGUUAGCCAUGUUUGGUCUUCAAUAUGACCUGUUUGGUAACAAAGAUGGUGGAGCCUUAUUAGCAUUUGGUCUAAGUUCCAUUGUCAUGUUUUUGAUAAGUUCCAUGUCGCAUUUGCUACAUUUAAAAUCUAUUAAAGUUCAUUAUAUUUUAAGUUUAGCUGAUUAUGCUGGGAUAAGUCUGUACGGAUCUGGAGCGGGUAUAGCUACAUUUUAUUCUAGCGCCCGACCUGAAGUUUACCAAAUCAUGGCACCUUAUUACAUAAUUGGCAAUGUUUUUGUUGGUUGGCUUGUUUAUGCCACUUGCGUCAUUGCCAAACUCAAAUUUGUUGGUCCUCAUCAGUUGGAAAGAAAACUACUACAGAUAUUUUCAUUCACUAUUCAGGGUGCGUGGAUUCUUAUACCUAUACUAUCAAAUUAUUUUCAUUGUUUUAUGGAUGAGAAAUGUAGCUUUAUGGAUCUCAACCAUAUGACAAUGUCCUUCUUUCUCUGUCUUGUGGAGGCUGUGGCCUUCGCUGCCCAUAUUCCAGAGAGGUAUAGGCCGAAAAUGUUUGAUUAUGUUGGCCAUGGUCAUCAGAUAUUUCAUUUGUUGUGUAUUUAUUCUAUAAUUUAUCAGAUGAGAAGUGUUGAUCUGAAUAUUAAGCGAGGUCUGGCCAAUCAUACUCGUAUGAAUAUCAAUGAUGUACUUAUAGGAUUUAGUGUUUUAAUUCUCUCACAAAUCAUAACCACUUUCAGUAUACUUGGUCUUGUUGAUAAGAAAGUCAAAGAAAUUGCCAAGAAACACUAAUCUUUAUAUUUUCUAGGUUAAUCCCACUUUUCUUAUACAAUUACUUGGUCUGUUUUGGCAAAUUUGAUUCCUAUCAACAAAUAUUUAAAAUUGGGGAAAAAAAGUAAUUAGCAGUAUUGAAAUAUUUAUUUGAAUGUAUAGUACUAUGUAUAAUUUUUACAUCCAUAUGUAGUAUCUGAUGUCUUAAAAACCCAUGUACAACAUACACAUUUCCUGUCCGUGAUAUUUAACAGAAAAAAACUUUGGAAUUUAUUCAACAGUUCCCCGUUUUAAUAAUUUCCGAAAAGACAAUUCAAAGUAUGCACUAUAUUUAUUGAUUUCCUUCUCAUACCCCAGCUUGGUAUUGAGUAAUGUAUGUUUAAGUUAUGUGUAUUAUAUAUGGCGGUAUGUGUUAUUUAUAUAUAUAUUUGUAUGGGUCAGGCAGGGCUCUCAUUUCGUCCAUAUUUGCUAGUCAAUGACCAACUGACAUUCUGGCUGAUCAGAUGAAAUUUCAUGUAACUGAAAAAUCUGACAGUCAGUUUGUAUGUCAGGAUAUUUUAUAAUAUAUCACUAGAUGAAGGUUAGACAUUAAAUAAUAAAAUCAAAUUGUUAGUGCACAAAAUAAAUAUCCUGUGUAAAACAUUGAAACCUGUUGACUGAGAGUCCUGCUGCUAUAUUUUACUGGAUAUUCAUUAGGGAUAAUUAGUGAUGGUCCGAUAUAGCUACUGUCGGUUUUACCGAUAUCAGAUAUUGACAGCGAAAUAUAUUGGCCGAUACAGGUACAAUUACCAAUAAUAGUGGAUAUAAAACUAUUACACAUUGAAAUGUCUCGAAUGUCAUCAUAAUCGAUGUAGUUACAUGUCAUUGUUAGUCAGGAAACAGCUGGUACUAUUUUACCUCAGGAAUCAAACGGGAACACACUGUUAUUUUAAGGAAAAAAUAAUUGGUUCACAAUUCCUCCGUAGACAAAAAUACACUCCAUCUAUUGUGAAUUAAAAUCAUUUAUAUUUAGUCGAGAUUAUCAUUUAUUAAAUAUUGACUAUAAUUCCCAAACUUGUUCAGCACCUGUAUUAUAUCUAUGUCAGAAUGGUUCAUGCAGUAAUGAUAUGACGUCAAAGCGAUAGCUUCCCAUUUGUCAACAGUGGCAAUCGCGCAAUAUUCUCCCGCUAUUCUAAUCACGCGUAUACCAGUACCAUGGUGAGUUUGAUAAAACGAAGGAAGAAAAUGCAGCGAAGUAGUAAGAUUUGAAACUAUUUGACAUCAGCAACAGUGAUCAAAGGAGGUCCAUUGUUUAUUUCAUAGUUUAUAAAUUUUAUUCAAAAGCCUAAAUAGGUAUUAUUGUUUGAGUUUGUGAUCUCUUAUUUCUGGUAUAUAAGCCCACUGCAUGAUGACGUACAAUAUCGGCACGCAUUGAAAUGGUAUCGAAGAGAGGCCUACGUUCUGUAAUUCUAUCUUUUUGAUAAUCAUGUAAUGGGUUUAUUCCAUAUUCCAGUCACAUGUUUUAUCAGGUGGACUGUUGUACGUUUAUGUUUGUUUGCACUUGCGCAGAAAUGGUAUUUAUAAAAAAAAAAAAAAAAAAAAAAAAGACGCUUUGAGAGAUCCGAACUCUCAAACAAUGUGUGAAUAAGGAUUAAAAAAAUAACCUAGACUGGUAAGGAUUUGCACUGUUUAUUAUUUCCUUUUACGGCCUCUAUGAGAGUCUUGUAUUGUGUCUAAUUAGCCACGUGCACAGCAACUAAAAUAAUCAUACUGAAUGUCAAGCAAAUUAAUGCUUUAAUUGUUCACAACUCGAAUGAUAUUUUAGAGUUAUUUACCGAGUCCUUUUAAACAGAUAUCGGCAACUCCAGUAUUUGCAAAAUGGCUGAGUAUCGUCCGAUACCGAUUUCUUCCGAUAGGCCACUUAUCGGCCAAUUACCGAUGUUGGAACCGAUUAUCGGACCAUCACUUAAGAUAAUUGUAUAAAGUAGAUGUAUAAUUAUAAUAAUAUCAUUGUAAAUAUUAAGUUGGUGUAAAUUUAAGACAUUUUACAGAAGACGAAACUAAGUAUUUUCCAGUAUGUCAAUAUGAAUAUGCAUGAAAGAAUUCACUAUUAUUAGUUUUAUUCUGGAUAUGUCUUGGUAUAAAGGUAGUUAUAAUACACGAUGAAACUACAAGACUAUAUAUUCAUAUUGCAUGUAAAAACUGAGAAAAAACAUUCAGUGUAGUCAUCAAUAAGAUGUCAGUUUUGCAGUGAAAUUUUUUCUAAGCAAUGGGGCACAAUUUUUUCAUUGCUUUAAUGAUCAUAUCAACUUUAGUUUUAUAGAAAAUAUCAUUGCUAUACUGUAGUAUAUAGUAUAUUCAGUAACUUUCUUAAUUCGCUGUAUUAAUUAUAUUUAAGACACUAUAUUGCCACUGGCAUCAGUUGCUUGGUAUUCUGUUUCAAUCAAACCAGUAGUAAAGCCACCUUUUGGUUCCAGAAGGGGGCAAAUAAGUAGUGAUGGGGGCAUUUUGGCUGCAUUACAUCUCACCAGUAAUUCCAGUCAGAUCAGUGAUGCUUUUCCAUUGCGUCACCGUAUAUUAUACCAACGUGAAUUAUAUCACUGGAUUGAAAGAAAAUUUCGUUUGAUAUAAUAAUCCUCAAUUUUGCGAUAUCAAAAUUUUGUUUACUUACUCUGCUGAUAUUUUCAUUCAAUUGAUGCCAGUGGGAAUCCGGGCUUUGUAUUAUUUACUAUUUCCAAUUUUAUUGUACUUGAUGUUAUAACUAUAUGAACCGUGUUUACUGUAUUUGACAGAAUUAAUACAGACUCGAAAGAGGACACAUGCCAUUGUUUUAUCACUUUAAAAAUCACCAUUUAAAACAUUUAACUGUUAACUCACCUUAUUUGUCCAUUUUACUCAACACUAUCAGUUGUAAACUAGUUUAUCAUGGCUCCAUUUUGUAAGAAACUAUGUGCUUUAAAUGAUUUUCCUGUACAGGCAAACCAUGCCACUUAUUCUAUUAAAUAAGUUGCAUAUAUUAUAUAAUUAUCUUAUUUAAUUAUUUAUAAAUGUUGUAAAGAUAUAUUUAUAUUUCAACUUUGUGAGGAUUGAAUAUUUCUAUUAUAAGAAUCUCAGUGUGUCACAUGUUUAAGCUUUCUUCCAUAAUCACUUAUUAUCAAUUUAACACAGUUUUCUAAUUACAAAAUCUCAUUUUUUAAAAAUAUUUUUUGUUUCCAUAUUACAUUAGAUUUUAGGGCAGUUUUAUCUUUGAAUUUUACCAUAAAAAUAUACAUUAUACAUUAAUAAAUGUCAUAACCUUAGACUAUCCUAAUUAUCAGAAUUCCAAGCACUGACCUACUUUGUGUAAGGCGUUUUUUUGCACCAUUGAUCUUUCAAUGCCUCAAAAACCAGUAAUAAAAUUUAGCUCUGGUAAAUUAACAGUUAACAUCUUCAUACAACCGUAAUGACUCACCAGAUUUGAGUCAAAUUUUAAAUAAACCUGAUUGGAAUAUUCAAAAUGUAAAUGUAUUUUUACCAAGAGCUGAAGAUCUCGAAAGUGCUUAACAAAUAAUUAAAGAUACAUUACGGGAGAUUAGAUAAAUAGCUGGUAGUUCACUUCUCACUAUAAUAGUUAAAAACUAGAUAAUGUAAUGGAAAUUUGCUGAAAAUUUUAGUCAAAUUGAUCCACCCUGAACCGAUUGAAUUUUGGGCCUAGCCUCGAUCAUCAUUACGAUAAAAAUACCUUAAAAAAAUAUAGUCUCGAUUAUCCAUUUUUAUACGCCCACAUUGAAAUGUGGUCGUAUAUUGUCGUGGACACUCUAGAGGCUAAAGUUAAUAUCUAAUUGACUUUAAAUUUAUACACAGUGUUUAAGGUCUUGAGACGAAGAAGCCUAUUGAUUUUCAGCGAUUUGCGAUAAUUACUGCCAGAGUUUUCAGCGAUUUGCGAUAAUUACUGCCAGAGUUAUGGCUCUUGAUCACUUUGAAAAAUCUUGUGGACGCUCUAGAGGCCAAAGUUAAUAUCCGAUUGACUUUAAAUUUAUACACAGUGUUUGAGGUCAUGAGACGAAGAAGCCUAUUGAUUUUCAGCGAUUUCCGAUAAUUACUGCCAGAGUUAUGGCCCUUGAUCACUUCAAAAAAUCUUGUGGAUGCUCUAAAGGCCAAAGUUAAUAUCCGAUUGACUUUAAAUUUAUACACAAUGUUUAAGGUCAUGAGACGAAGAAACCUAUUGAUUUUCAACGAUUUCCGAUAAUUACUGCCAGAGUUAUGGCCCUUGAUCACUUCAAAAAAUCUUGUGGAUGCUCUAGAGGCUAAAGUUAACAUCCGAUUGACAUUAAAUUUAUACACAGUGUUUAAGGUCAUAAGAUGAUGAAGCCUAUUGGGUUUCAGAGAUUUCUGAUAAUUACUGCCAGAGUUAUGGCCCUUGCUCACUUCAAAAAAUCUUGUGGAUGCUCUAGAAGCGAAAGUUAAUAUUCGAUUGACUUUAAAUUUAUACACAGUGUUUAAGGUCAUGAGACGAAGAAGCCUGUUGAUUGUCAGCGAUUUCCAAUAUUUGCUGCCAGAGUUAUGGCCCUUGAUCUUGAUCACUUUGAAAAAUCUUGUGGUUGCUCUAGAGGCCAAAGUUAAUAUCCGAUUGACUUUCAAUUUAUACACAGUGUUUAAGGUCAUGAGACGAAGAAGCCUAUUGAUUUUCAGCGAUUUCCGAUAAUUACUGCCAGAGUUAUGGCCCUUAAUCACUUCAAAGAAUCUUGUGGAUGCUCUAGAGGCUAAAGUUAAUAUCCGAUUGAGUUUAAAUUUAUACACAGUGUUUGAGGUCAUGAGACGAAGAUUCCUAUUGAUUUUCAACGAUUUCCGAUAAUUACUGCCAAAGUUAUGGCCCUUGAUCACUUUGCAAAAUCUUGUGAUGCUCUAAAGGCUAAAGUUAUAAUUCGAUUGACUUCAGAUUGAUACACAGAGUUUAAGAUCUUGAGAAGAACAAGUAUAUUGAUUUUCAAUGAAUUUUUAUGACUUAAACAGUUAAAUCCAUGAUAUUAAAAGCUUUGCAUACAAAACGUUAGCAUGGGGCAGAACUUUAUAAAAACCAAACAAAUUCUAAUAGUUUUCUGAUAAUUACUUCAUGAGUUGUUGCUCUUAAUCAGAUUUUAGUGUAUUAUAAAUGUUUCAUUACCGAAAAAAGUAAAAAUAUGCGGCAACCCUUGUUGACUGCCCGGACGAUUUAGUUGCUGUGGGCGUAUGUUUCGUUGCCUGGCAACCUAUCUUUUGAUUUAAUCGGAAGCAGCAGUCCGUGUUCUAAUCCAGCUUAUAUAUCGCAGGCUAGCAAUGCCAUCGAGCGUUGGUUAUGGUCUGGAUAAGUUAAUGUCUAAUUAAUAAUUUAGAUAACAUUUCGGGCCUAAAGAAAGACCUGCAAUUGGCAGAUUUAGCUCUUGCAUAAUGUAUGUUUAAGUACAUGUUUCAGAAUGUUGCCAUACUGUUACUUAUAUAUAUACCCACAAUGAAAGAGAAAUUUCCCAUUCAUCUUCUGCAAAUAACCAAAAUAUCUUCCAUGCUGUAUUACUUUGUGCCUUUUGUAUUGAAUAAAUUGUCUAAAUGUUAAGUUACGUAUAUGUGCUGAUGUACAUACAUUGUUAUGUUAUUUAGCUGUCCAUUUUCUUCAGAGAUACUGAUUUAUAUAAUUUCAUAUACUGGUAAAUUCUUUGUAAUUUUUAUACGCCCACAUUUUCUUUGCCCCUGUCCGUCCAGACAUCCACCUAUCCAUCCAUCCAUCCACAAUUUUUUUUUUUUUUUGUUGACACUCUAGAGGUCACAAUUGUUCUCCAAUUUUAAAAAGCAUUUGGAAUCUAGAGGUCACAAUAUUCAUCCGAUUUUGAUGAAACUUGAAAUGCAUGUUUAUAACCCAAAGAUCUUGGUUCCUUUCGAUAAUCGUGCAUAUCGGAUUGUAACUUCCUGGAUUAUGACUCCUGAUUGUACGAAAAAUAAAGUUUUUAGCUUGUGGAUCCUCUAGAGGUUACAAUAUUAAUCCCAUUUUAAAAACUGUUCCAACAUAAUGAAUGUUGAGUUAGAUAUCGAAAUGAAACUGCCCAACAAAAUUGCCACUCCUUGUGUAAAAGUAUGUAAUACAAAGGUUGUGGACCUUUUGGCUUGUUCAGUAACCAUCUCUUGCAAAAUGUGGGCGUAUCUUGUCUCGCAACCUCUGGUUGUAAUAUGGAGUCAAUUUUCUUAUUUUGGUCUUUUGAAUAGUCAUAAUAUUAUACUUGUAUAAUUUUUUUUUUAAACAUCUUAUUAAAUUAUAAGCCAUAACAUGCUAGAAUAAGGUUAAAUUAAGACCAUACAUAAUCAACAUUAUUCAAAUCAAACACUUUUAACAUAAAUUAUGGCUACUUAAAGUUUACAUUGGUUUUUGUAUUAAGCAAACAAAGAUAAUCAAAAUUGACAAAAUUUGACUAUCUUUUUUGUGGAAACCAACUUUUUUUUCUAUAAGUUUUUUUAAUACUUGGAUGUUCUUAAUUACAUAACAACAUCAUUCUUCAUACAUUAGAAUAUUUUUACCUUUAACAAUGAGAUUUAUUUAUGUUAUGAGGUUAUAUCAGGGAAAUAUAUACAUUUUAAAGCACCAAAUAUACAAAACUAGGUACUUACUAUAGUCUAUAUUAGUGUUAUAACAUUAUAAAUAAUGAUGUCUCAAUAUGAAAGGACCUUACAAUAGCCAAUAUCAGUGUUAUAAUGUUUUAAAUAGUGUCUCUGUGUAUGAGUAAAGGACUUUAUCAGUGUUAUGAAUUAUGAUGUCUGAGUGGAUGAGUAAAGGACCUUACUAUAUAACCAAUAUCAGUGUUAUAAUAUAAAUAAUGAUAUCUUGACUCUCGAGUCUUGAGUGAAUGAGUAAAGGACUUUAUUAUAGUCAAUAUCAGUGUUAUAAUAUUAUAAAUAAUGUCUGAGUGUGUAAGAGUAGGGUAAAUAUGAUAUGUUGCUAUUUUUGUUGUAGGACUACUCUCUGUAACUGCAGCUUGUGGCAGUCAUGUCUAUUGCUGACAAGAAUGCAUAUAUUUACAGGUCUUGGUAUUUGUGCACACAAAAACAUGAUUCCGGUAAAAGAAUACUGAAUAAGAAUUGGUGGCAAUAAUAAUUAUAAAAGUAAUAGUCACUAGCACUACUAGUCAUUUUGUUAAAUUAUUUAUUUCUAUAUCACUAGGUCUAUAUGUAUGCACAUCACCCACCAGAAUGUAAAUAAAUCAUAGCUUAUUGACCUUGUCUGAAAAUUUCAUCUCAAAAUAUUGAGCCAUUUGGAAGUGUGAUUGCUAAAAUGAUUAAUUUUGGUCAGUUGUUUACAAGUAAUGGCUGUUGUAAUGAAGCCCACAAAACAUGACAAGUUUAUAGAUUCGAUUAUCUAGACACUACUGCCAUUGUUAGUUGGGAAACUUGUUGCCAAUUGAAGUAAAACUGACAAAUAUUCCGAAUAAACACUUGAAUCUUUAACACAGAAUUAACCAGUUUUAUUCACUAAAAUAUAUCUGGGAUUACUCCUUUAACAUUUUAAGUAUUUUACAUUUUUGCUCAAUGCUAAUUUGUAUUAUUAAAGUAAACCUGAUAACUGCAUACAUUUCAAACUGAACCCUGUAAUUACAUGUAUUGGGUGAGGUGGUGACAUUUUAGAUAAUUUAGUUAAGUUUUGUUUAAUGUUAUUGAAUGUUGUUAUUAUAUGUUUAUUAUGAAAAGAUAAAAGUUUGUAUUAUUUACAAAGAUCUGAACAUAAAACAAAAGAAAUAAAUAGGCUUUAAUAUAUUGUUAACAUUCCAUAAACACAGGUUGAUCUUCAGUUAAUACAGAGAUUAAUCAACUUACAGUGCUGCAAUUAUGUAAGAAAUAGAAAAGAACAACUAUUAAUAGAAACAUAUAGGGGGGUAAAUUGUUAUAUUCAUAACUCUAUUUAUAUAUGUAGUCUUUAUGCUUAGUUGAAGUUUAAAGAGAUCACAAUAAUCAAUGUUAUUAUGAGGUGACAUCUACAAAAUAAUUUACAAAAAUACUAAAUAGCCUUUAGAACAGGUUAGAUACAGCCUAUUAGUUUUCUUAAUUUUUGUAAUUUAUUUCAGGGCAAUAGAAAAAUGUAGAUUUUACAAAUGUACAACACUUAUUUUUGCCAUUGUCAUUUUUAAAGGAUGGUUCCUAAAUAUUCAAUUUUUUAAACAUUUUUCUUUUUGACAUUUAAGUCAUUUGAGAGGGUAAUUAAUUUUGAAUAGUAUCAUAUUCAACAAAAAUUUAAUUGAUUACCCAAAAUUCAAGCACUGGCAUAAUAUUACAUAGUAAUAUAAUUUCAGCACAAAAUAUAGUCCUAAAAAUAAACACCAGUUUAAAUGCACAGUCCAUGCAGAAAAUAUUUUAAAUUUAUUUAUAGUUACAAUAAAUAAACAUCACUAUAAUAUUAAUAAUAUCCAGCACUAUUCUAAAAAGUGUGUACUAUUGUGGGUUCUGUUUGUGUGCGGUGCGGUCCUCCAGCACUUACUAUUUAUAUAGAAUUAUACUUACAUAAAGCUACAAGCUGUACAAAUUUAAGACUACUUUCUUAAUCAAAAAUUUAUUAGCCAUUUUCUAAAAUUAUUGUAUUAAUAAUUAUUUUGUCCUAUUCCCAAUACAGAAAGACAACAAGCAAAAUUGAUGUUAAUAAAUAAUCAUUUUUAUAUGAAUUCUAUUCGUGUUCAAUGUCUAUUUUUUAGGAUUGUCACUAGGCCUAGUCUUUGUUUAUACCUGCUUGAAAUGUUUUUUAAGAUCUUGAAAAUUAUUAUUUGGUUUAAUCUGUAUUUGUAACGUAUGAAUAAAAAUGUG